GAUCAGAUAUUCAGUAAUGGCACAAUGUCGCACUAUGUAACUCCGUUUCUGGUGUUGAAUCUCUGUUCCGAAAUGGUUUUCGUAAUUGCUCAAAGGCUGGAAGCUCAAAAUAUCCCUCAGGAACGAGCGACACUAGCUACAAGUCAACAAAACUUGUCAAUUUGUGUCGCAACAUUCUCAUCUGGCAAUCAGAAGAUUCUGAAAGGUCAUGGGGGUGGAAAAUAAAAAGCUUCUAGAAGAAAUCAUCUCAGUACUAGUGUCAAAAAAAUUGAUCGGAGACUUGAUGCGACCGCAGGCAGCAUACAAUCAUGAGAGCGUCAGAGAUAUAAUAGAAGACAUCACACAGUCAUCUGUAAUGCGAUUGGACCCCGUCAGUAUGGCCAAACUCUGGGACCUCAUAUCCAUGGUGUUCAAAUGGCAAAUGUCCAUGACAGAUGACAUAAUUGGAGUGACUCUGCGCCAUUUGUACGAAAUUGAAAGCUACGUGACAAAUCAAGAAACCCACCAACAGCUUCAGAAAGUACAAAAUUUGGUAGAGAAUUUUAACAAAAUUUUAGAUAGCAAUGAAAAACUGACGCUUCACGAAGACAUCAUGUACUGGUUAAAAGAUUUCAACAUUAGAGUGUCUCUGUUGCUCAGAAUGGGACUCCAAACCAUGGAUGGGAAUUUUGUGGUGAAUAAUUUGAGUCCUGUUGCAGAAGAGAUGCUUAAAAAUUUAGGUGAAAACAUAUACCAGGUAACACAGAACGGGAAAAUUCUGGAAAAUAGCAACACGUCAGAGAUUACAGGCACAGAUCACCCUAAAGUCAAUGAACUGGAGUUGUUUGCCACUGAAAUACUUGGAGAAAGAAAAUUGAGUUCAGGCAGUACAGAAACCAAUGGGAAUACGUUUAAAUUAUCGAUAAACGACGAGAACGACAACGCUUCUGAAAGUAAAAGGUGUUUCGACAGCAUUGACGUGAACAUCGGCAAGCUGGAAGAUCUGAUGGGGGAUAUUUCCCUAAAAAGUGACGAAGAUGAAGAAAAGAGUUUCAAAGACGAUCUGUUAGAGAUGAUUGGCGGUGAUGGGGAAGAAAAAUAAUGAAGAUGAUUGUUUGUAUCGUAUUCCCUCUCAUUCGUAUUUUAGGUAUAUAAGUAUUUAUAAUCAAACACCUAUGAAUGUCCAACAAACUUGAAAAGGAAAAAAAAACGAAUAUCGGAGCACCUCAUUCAUGCUAUCGUGAAAAAAUUAAAUAUUUUGUUAUUAAAAUAUAUGACAUUAAAAUAACCCCACUACACUCCUUUUUAAGAUAAAAUUAGAACAUCCCGAUAUUUAGUUUCCAAAAAUUGUUUAAGUACAUGACCUAUAUUGUGUCAGCUGAUUGCAUGUGCCUUAUUUUUUGUUUUGCUUACAGUUAUAUACUACUGCAACUAUCAAAUAUUAUAAUCACAUAAAAAAAUAUGAACUUGCUGCAGUGACUGUCUAUUUUUCAGUUCUUCAAAUGAACAAGCAAUACUAAAUAAUAAUUCAAUCCCUGCUCAAAAGUAAAACUGAGAUAAAGUUUCAAUAUAUGAUUAAUCAAUAUAAACUCACUCUAUAUUAUGUAUAAUGUAUAUUUACUUGGAGUUUCUUCACCCAUAUUUUCUCUGCACUUUUGAAAACAGACUGCACAAAUGUAAUUGGUAAUUACUGCACGAAUGUGAUCAGUAAUUAUCAUAAUAUAAAUAUAAAGUAUUAUAAAAUAC